AUGUCGGGCCAUGGCGCCUUGCCAGCGAAGCAGGAUCAGGCCGCCUUGGAGCUUUCCCUGGUGAUCGAGGGCCCGUCGGGUUCGCAGCAGAUCACUCUGGUGGGGAACGGUGCCAGCAUCGGCAUCGGCCGUGCUCCGGACUCCCAUGUACAAUUGGCGAGCAGCGGCGUCUCUCAUCGCCAUUGUAAGCUCUUUCUGACCAAGAAGGGCCAAGACGUUGUCCUCAGAGUCCGUGACACUUCAAGGAACGGUACCGGUGCGCGGCACAGCCGCUAUUCACAGGCCCAGCGCCCCUUCAAGGAGUUGAAGGAAGGGGAAGAGGAGGUGCUACAUCAUCGCUCCCAGCUGUUGAUACCUCUCAAAGAAAAAGACAAAGGCAGAGACACUAGAUCGGUUUUAACGAUAUACUUCAACCUACCGGAUGCUUACAACCCUGCGCAAGAGUCUGGGCGCUGGCAGUACGAGGAGAAGCUGGGCGAGGGCGGCUUGGCUGUGGUCUACCGCGCCCGCGAUGUCUCAGGAUCCCUGGGCGAGGUCGCCGUGAAAGUUUCAAAGUUCAAGAACUUGCCACUAGUCUCCAAUCAAAAUCGGCAUGUCUAUGCUUUGCAUCGCGAAGCACAGUGGUCGAUGAAGUGCUUGCACAACACUGAAGACCCCCGCUAUGACCAAAAAGGAGCGGGGCUUUUCGCGAAGUACUUGGAGGAUCACACCGGCUUUGAUGCGCACGACGAUGUCAGCUUCGAUGCCACGAGGCGGAAGUUUGAAGAUCCGGAGUUUGCGUGGUCGAAGCACAGCUUCGAGCCGAAAUUGGCACGUGAGCCUUACGUGGUCAUGGAAUUGGUGGAGGCCAAGCUUCUCCAGUCUGUGAUCGACGCGAAUCCGCCCUUGGACUUUGCGGAGAAGCGCACCAUCACCAGGCAAUGUGUGGAUAGCCUCCUGUACCUUUCCAAGUUUGAAGCAUUGCAUCGGGAUUUCCGAGGCUGCAACAUCUUCCUUCAAGGUCGUGGAAAAGGGUGCCAGCUGAAGGUCAUUGAUCUUGGCUUCAUGAUUUCGGCAGAUGCCCACCAGGAAAAGAACCCCAACAUCGCCGUGCGCUGUGCGUGGCAAGGGAACAAGGACCAUCGCAUCCGCUUCGAUUGGGCGCCGCCGGAAGUGCGGACCAAGGAGGUCCGGAACUUCGGCCAGCCGGGCAGUUCCUUUGACAUCUUCUCUCUGGGCGUGCUGCUCUUGAAGAUCCUACGUGGCCGAACCUGGACACAGGACGUGGUGAACAGCCGCGACAUGUCCGAAAAGCUGGUAUCAAUUACCGCCGACAUCAAAGAGCUGCGUCUCCCUCCUCAGCUCUUCCGCCGAAUGCUCGACAAGAACUCGGAGAACAGGCCCACGCCCAAAGAUCUCUCCGAGGCGUUCAUGGAGCGGCCGAAGCGGCGGAAGGCGGAGAGGGUGACGCCACUAGUGCAGGUUCAGGAUAAGAAUCUGCUCAUUCCAGUGACGCCCCCGAGCGACGGCGGCAUGGGCGUGGGCUAUGCGCGCGGAGUCUUUUACCAAGACCAUCCGGAGCUGCAAACGCCGCCGGAGCUGCCGCCACCGCCGCGGUCAGCACCGCUACCAACGUCGGCGCGGUCAACACCGCCACCGGUGCCGGUGAAGUCAGCACCGCAGCCAGCGCCGGCGCGGUCAGCACCACCACUGCCGCCUCCGCCACCGCCGCCGCCACUGCCGCCGGCACCAGCACCGGCACCUGCGCCGGCACCUGCACCGGCACCUGCACCGGCACCGGCGCCUCCAUUGGCAGAGGUGUCUUUAGCCGUGGCGUUUCCCGCUGGGUCCUUGCUGGCCGAGAUCGCCCACGGCCCCAACGACGCCCCCCCGGGCCGCCAGCAGUUGCCUCAAGGUCUCUGA